CGAGAGCAGACACGACAUAUUUUGCGACUUCUUUCUUUUCGUUGCGGUGUCUGAAGCGCGACGAUUAGAUAAGGCUCCGGUUCAUAGUACGUCGGAGAUGCAGACCUCAUAAGAGACCAGGAUACUCGAGGCCCAGCUUCAGUUAAAGCUGCGUGUGCAAACCGACAAUUAAGGACGGGAGUCAGUCCCGAGUAUCUUCUUCGCGAUUGAUAUCAACAACAGCAUCGCUCUAAUUUUCAUGUAUGUUGUGUCAUUUCAUAGUCGCUUUUAUCACCACAUCUGAAAAAGAGAGAGAUAAUUUUUUUCUAUCCGUGAUUAGGGUACAAUCGACCCUUCGAGAAGAACUAUCUCACAUCUCAUCUUCCUCUUCCCUCGCUGAAAUAACCGACGGUUAUUUCCCAAGAUUGAGAUAUGAGUCUUGGAUAUAAGGAUUUCUACCGAUCAGUUAGGCUCCUCAAUUCGUAACCCUUUUGGACAGGGUUUCCGAAGGUGAAACGUUAAACAGAAAACACGAAGAUGCCCGCCUGCUCGAGUGAGAACUCGUCCACAUUAUGGUCUUCCAGCCCGCCGAUGUCGCGUAGCAGCAGCGUGUCGCCGCCGUUACCUGGCACACCGUUGUCCACAUCGCCACCCCGAAUGUCGCCCGUGUCCAUGUUGAAGCGCACGUCGUCGAACGUGGUCAUGUCGACGUCCCAUGCGCCGAACAAUCUUUCCCGGGCGUCAUCGCUCUCGAGUAUGUCGACGGUGAUACUCUCUCAGAGACGACAGCAGCAACGACAACAACAGCAACAUCAUCAUCAACAGGGUAUACUAGCGGCAGAUAGUCGGAACGUCGAGAGGAGCAACGAUUCCAUUUUCUCGAGGAUUUUGUCUUGGUACUUCGGACUUCUGUUGAGUUUAUUUCGAAGUGUCUUCAAUGUCAUUGGCUACGCGAUUUGGGCUCCUGCUUUCUGGGCAUCUGCCUGGAUCUGCCUGUUCUGGGUGUUUCUGCAACUACCGCUGACCGCUCUCAAAUGGUUCAUCACCGUACUGCACACCCCGGCUUAUGAGAGAUCACGUAACAAGCGGUGCGUGCUGAUCAGCGGCGGUAGCACAGUGCAAGCGGUGCAUCUCGCACGUAAUUUCUACAAGGCGGGCGCCCGGGUGAUAGUGUGUGAUCUCGAGGGCCUGUUCGGUCUAGCCAAAUUCUCCACCGCCUGUUCCAAGUACUACACGAUACCGCGGCCCGGACCCAGGAACGUUACCGAAUAUAUAAAGGCGUUGCGGGAUAUCGUCCAGCGGGAGCGAGUGGCCUACUACAUACCGGUGAGUGCCGCCAGCACCGCGUACUACGACGCCUUGGCGAAACCGCAUCUAGAGAUCAUGGGCUGCGAGUGUUUCGUGCCCGAUGCCAGCGAGGUGACCGCGUUAGACGACCCGUUGGAGCUACUUCGACGCUGUCGCAUGCUCGGUCUUACGAUCCCACAACACUUUCUGUUGCGAUCAAUGCAGGACCUGUCCGCGCUCUAUGAACGAAACACGUUCCGCAACGGCAGGGAUAUAAAACAUUGUAAUACCCGAUAUAAGACGGAUGUGUGA